AUGGGGUGGCUGUCCCGUGGCAUCGUCCUCCUCGUCAUGUGCUGCUUCGUCACCUUCCAGGAGGCCACUUGCCUGGAGGAGCAGCCCAGCAGCCACGCCGAGGAGCGGCUCUUCAAGCACCUCUUCACCGGCUACAACCGGUGGUCCCGGCCGGUGCCCAACACCUCCGAUGUGGUCAUCGUGAAGUUCGGGCUCUCCAUCGCGCAGCUGAUCGACGUGGAUGAGAAGAACCAGAUGAUGACCACGAACGUCUGGCUGAAGCAGGAGUGGAGUGACUACAAGCUACGCUGGGACCCGGCGGACUUUGACAACGUCACCUCCAUCCGGGUGCCCUCCGAGAUGAUCUGGAUCCCCGACAUCGUGCUCUACAACAACGCUGAUGGGGAGUUCGCCGUGACCCACAUGACAAAGGCCCACCUCUUCUCCAAUGGGAAGGUGAAGUGGGUGCCACCCGCCAUCUACAAGAGCUCCUGCAGCAUUGACGUCACCUUCUUCCCCUUCGACCAGCAGAACUGUAAGAUGAAGUUUGGCUCCUGGACCUACGACAAGGCCAAGAUUGACCUGGAGAACAUGGAGCGCCACGUGGACCUCAAAGAUUACUGGGAGAGCGGCGAGUGGGCCAUCAUAAAUGCCAUUGGCACCUAUAACUCCAAGAAGUAUGACUGCUGCACCGAGAUCUACCCCGACAUCACCUUCUGCUUUGUCAUCCGCCGCCUCCCACUCUUCUAUACCAUCAAUCUCAUCAUACCCUGCCUGCUUAUCUCCUGCCUGACCGUGCUGGUCUUCUACCUGCCCUCCGACUGUGGGGAGAAGAUCCCCCUCUGCAUCUCCGUCCUGCUGUCCCUCACUGUCUUCCUGCUGCUCAUCACGGAAAUCAUCCCGUCCACCUCGCUGGUCAUCCCUCUCAUCGGCGAGUACCUCCUCUUCACCAUGAUCUUCGUCACGCUCUCCAUCAUCAUCACCGUGUUCGUCCUCAACGUCCACCACCGCUCCCCCAGCACCCACACCAUGCCCCACUGGGUGCGCAGCUUCUUCCUCGACUUCAUCCCUCGCUGGCUCUUCAUGAAGCGACCCCCGGCGCUGCCCCCCCCCGAGGGGACCGCGGGGCAGUACGACCUCCCGGGGACGAGGCUCAGCACCUCCCGAUGCUGGCUGGAGACCGACGUGGAUGACAAGUGGGAGGAGGAGGAGGAGGAGGAG